ACACGCAACUAUGUAAAUAUCUCUAAUCCAAAUCAAGUAACUUUAACGAUAGAAAGCAAAAAAUAAUAAUUUUAUAUAUAUAACUUAUAGUCUUUUAAAUCUUUAUAAAUAUAUGACAUUUUACAUUUGGUCAAAUAAUGCAUGAUGUUACAAAGACCAAAAAAUUGGAUUGCAGAAACAUUAUGGAAACCAAGAAAAACACACUCGUUGGAGCAAUUAAGAUAUCUUCAUUAUGUACUUCAACGAAAUAGUACUGUAAAUGAUGGAAAUAAAAGUCUUCUUGUUGAAACAUUGCGACAAAUGGCAGAGAUUCUUAUAUGGGGAGACCAAAAUGAUUCAACUGUUUUUGAUUUUUUCCUCGAAAAGAACAUGUUACUCUUCUUCUUGAAAUUUAUGACACAAAAUUGUGGGAGUUAUAUUACGGUUCAGCUCCUCCAAACUCUUAACAUCCUAUUUGAAAAUAUCCGACAUGAAACUUCUUUAUAUUUUUUGUUGUCAAACAACCACGUAAACUCAAUAAUUGUUCACAAGUUUGAUUUUUCCAAUGAAGAGGUUUUGGCGUACUAUAUUUCUUUUCUCAAAACUCUCUCAUUAAAAUUGAACAAACAAACAAUUAAUUUUUUUUUUAAUGAGAUAAAAUGUGACUUUCCACUUUAUACAGAAGCCAUUAAGUUUUUCCAUCAUUCUGAAAGUAUGGUCAGAAUUGCUGUUCGAACCCUUACUCUAAAUACAUAUAAAGUUGGCCAUACAAAAAUGUUAGAAUUCAUUUGUGACAAAACUGCCACACCCUAUUUUUCAAAUCUAAUAUGGUUGAUUGGUAAAGAUGCCAUCGAGCUUGAUGAUUGUGUAAUUCAAGAAACAGAUCAUUUCAAAUUCGAUAAGCUAAAAGCAGCAGUUGCAGACCAUCUUGAUCAUUUACAUUAUUUACAUGAUAUUCUUACGUUGAAAAUAAAUGUUUUAAAUAUGAUUCUAACCGAUCACAUGAUUAAUCGAUUGCUUAUUCCAUUGUACAUAUACAGUUUACCUGAUGAUCUAUCUAAUCAUGAAAGAGUUCACAUUAGCAAGCUUGUUUCAUUAUUUUUGUUGGCUCAGCACAUGUUAAUUAUGAAUCAUUCACCAUUGGUCAAUGCUAUUGUUGAUGUCAUUUUCAAUGAAAAUGAAAUAAGGACAACAGCUUAUCAAACAACCAUAAAUGAUGAAACAAAGUUUCAAUGGUCAAGCAAUUCAUCUUCUUCUCGAGCUUUUAUCCCCCCUCCAGCCUCAUUAGAAUCUCAGUUAGAAGCUCAUGGUGUUACGAAAGAUAACUAUGAUUUAUCAUCAAAAUUAAGAACUCUUUCUAUUGAUCAGGAUAAACUCAAAUCUUCUGCAUUUUAUAUAAAUGAUACUUUAAAUGAAGGCAUGUCAAAUAGUGCGCCAAGUGUUUUAGAAACUGUGUUUAUGGAUGAGAAAACUAACUGUGCUUCAGUUGAAAAAUUUGAAACCAAUAAUGUAGCUUCUAAAAAAAAAUCAGAUUUUAAACUUGAAAAUACUCUAAUUAAAACUGAUGACGUACAGAAAGAAAGCAAAACAAAGGAAAAAUUAGAAGAGCUAUCUGAAAGUAAGAAAUCGGAAAUCAUUCCAGCAAGUAGUAUUACUCCAGGAAAGGAAAAACUUUUUCUUAAGAACAUUCUGAGCUCUCUCGACUGUAGUCAUAGAGAUGAUGGAGAAACAUUUUUUGCUUUGUGUCUCUUGUAUGCAAUUAUGACCAAUUCAGGAGUUAAAGUAAGCUUGCUAAAAGAUAUUGGUCUUGCAUCUCCAGAACAAUCUGACAAAUACAACAAUGAUAUUAUGGAUAAAUUGCUGCAUUGUUUGGAAUUAGGUGUUUGUGAUGGUUCAUGUAUGAGAUUAGUGACUUUUGAAAUGUGUAUAAAAGUAAUUCGUAUGUUAGUUAUUCAAGGAGACAUUAUUCGAAUUACAGAUGCACAUUUUGCUAUGUUACAGAACAUAAGGGAAGAAACUAUUUUACAACUUCGAAAUUUUUAUAAGGGUGAUGAUUUUUUUGUUGACACAUUUGAAGGACAAUAUCACCAUUUAAAGGCAAAACCACUAAAUGUAGAAUAUAUAACAAUGGAUGCAUCUCUUCUACUUCCUGCUACUGUCACUCCAUUAACUGGCAUUGAUUUUAUGAAAAGGUUGCCAUGUGGAGAUAGCGAAAGAGCUCAGCGGGCUGCUCAUGUUUUUAUUAUGAUGCGAGAGUUACUGUUAGAUGUACAAAAAGAAACUGAAAGUUUUCUUCCAUUAAGCAAAGUUGAUAAUCCAGUAUGUGAAUCUCAAGUUCUUGAUCUAAAUAAUAGUGAUUUGAUAGCUUGUACUAUAUCUCAACAGGGAAAACAAAGCAUACGUCGUUUUUUGGUAAUCGACACAAGUCAGUUUAUUUUAGUAGAGCCAGACACAAGUAAACUUGGAUGGGGAGUUGUGAAGUUUGUUUCCCAUUUGCAGGAUGUUGAAGCUAACCCUGAUAAAGAUGAUAGUCGAUCAUUACAUAUUGUGAUACAACAGCCGUUUACAAGGAGAAGCAAGGCUGGUUUCAAUCCCUUACCUGUAAUGACUUGUAAAUUUGUAUUCGAUGACUAUAUAAGGUGUAUGUCAGCUAGACAACGACUACAAAAACGCAAAGAAGCACUAAAGCACAGAAAAAUGUCGGCAAUUGCAAGUUUAUUAGAACUUCCUGCUUUGGCAUCCCCUGUACCAAGUUAUUACAGUCUUACAACAAUUGAAGGACAAAGUAGUGUUUGGCUACCUUCGUCUAGAGACUAUAAACGCAAAACCAAUCUUCAGAUGGUUUUAACACCAUCUAUUCAGAAACAAAAAGUUCUUUCGCCGAAACACGAAGAAAUACUCCAAAGACAGCUUAAGCAAGAUGAAGAUGUUCCUGGGUGGCGGAAUAGAACUUCACAUAUAAGUAAAUCAAAAAUCCCUAUUACUAAAUCGCUCGUUUCAAGUGAAAAACCAAAGCAUUCUUUAAAAGGUAAUGAAGCUGUGACGUUGGCUAACUUAUUAGAACAUAAAUCUGCCACUUCAGAAUUAUUUGGACAGGCUAUUCAAAGGCGUACUAGUUCUCUCGAAAUAGGUGAAGAAAUAUCUGAAGAUUCUAUGUCAGCUACCGAAACAAACUCUAACGUAUUUUUUCCUAGCUCAGAUUUGAGUUCAACAAAACGUAUUGAAAACGAUCAAAUACAAACUACCGAAAAUAAAACACUUACCUUAAACUCUUUAAAACUUUAUAAAUCUAACACUAAAGUGGAAAUGAGAAAGUACAAAUGCAUAUCAGCGCCUGGUUCACCUCGAGGUUCUCGCCAACAAAAAUUUAGUAAUAGUUCUUUGGAAACGUUGAGUAAAUCAUUACCUAUUAUGUUUUUAACAUCACCUUCUCUUAGUGAACAUGAGCGCAAACAAAGAGCUUUUCGAGCAAGAGCUAGAAUAAAAAACGCUUCCAAUUUUUCUGGAGGUGUUAAAAAAUUACGUCGAUAAAGUAGAAGCAUUUUGCAUCUUAACUACAAUUAUAUCUUCCAUUUUUACAUUAUAUAUGCAAAUAUUUUUUCUAACAACUGAAUUAAAUUAAAUUUGAAUUAAAUCUAAAGUACAAAAUGUAACUGUAUUAUCGAGUAUUAAUAACCUAGUAAUUACCAUGACAAAACGCAAUCUUUGUGCGCCCAUUUAAAUUAUUACUUAAUAAAAUUAGAUAAUAUAAAAGUUUCUUAAUUAUUAUAUUUUAAUCAUUAAAUUUAGUUAAAACUGCCAUCAGCAUUUUUAAUCCUAAUCUCUUUUCUCGCUAUUUUAUUUAGUUUGCUCGCUUAUCCUAGCUUCUUUUGUUAGCUUUUGGCAGACAGUUGUGUUACAAACUAAGACAAAACGGUGUAUUUAAUAAAUCCGAUACAAAGCAAGAUGUAUAUAUAUAUUUUUUAAUUUGUAAAAAUGAUACAAAACUAUA